AUGGUGCUUCAUGCGCGUGUUGUCCUAGACUUGUGUGAACAGCUUGAACAGGAGAUAAGUUUUGAACAGGUUGAAGGGGACUUUGACUCAUUUAGAGGGAGGAGAAUUGGGUUUUGCAAGCGUUUGAGAGUUGAUGGUGGAGAAGAUGCAGAGAUUAUGAGGGAGGAGAGUGGGUAUGGUUGGGUUUUGCAAGGAAGACGACGCUCGCAGGCUGCAAUUGGAGAAGAGGAGAAGACUCUCACAGAGAAGACGAUGCUCGCUGGGUUUAGUAAGGAAGACAACGCUCGCUGGGUUUAG